GGAUGGUAUGGAGGCAAAAAAAUACGAAAUACUCAAAAUAUGGGUGCCAACCCAUGGAGUUGUCAAUGUUUACCGAAAGCCUGGGCGAUCUGGAGGUACGGGCGCAUUAGAAGGAUUACUUAUGCAAUGCGCAUGGAGACCAGUACUAAUUGAAACGUUUUCUCUUCACAGAAUAUCAUGUUGAUAACGGUUUUCUGAUUGAGGAGCCCGUCCAUCGAAAUCACUCAGAAAAGAUACGAGUGCUGGCUUCCCAUGGAAGUGUUAUCACCAUAAAGAGAGAUGCUACUGUGCACGGACAUAACAAGUACACCGUCGAACCGGCGACUUUAGCGGUGGAUCAGUCUGAAGUAUGGGUGGAUGCAUGACUUAUGAACACGUCAGCGCGUUAGCAAACAGGAGGGUUAAUAUUUACUCAAAAACUUGAAAAAUAAUUUACAGCUGAAUCUACAUGACUUGAGUUUUAUAGGAGUACCCUGUGCAAUUCUCUCGGGCUCGUAUGAUGUUAGUCCAAUAUAGCAGAGCCCGUAGUGGGUAGAUUUACAGCGAUACACAAUGUAACGGUGGCUUGCCAGUAUCAGGACAUAUCGUGUGAGAUAAAUGUGUAGCGUUUGAAUAGACCUUGUUUACGAUACCCGACAUCUUCGUGCGCGCCUUAGGUGUGAUGGGAUAAAAGCCGAAUGACAAAUGGCAUUUCAGGGGAAAAACAAGUGAUAACAUUUUCCAAUACGAGUAAUUCCGUAUCGAGUUUGUUUACUCUCUCAAAACGAGACGACGAUUUUAGUACAGUUCGGUUUUCGACAAGUUUCAGAAGUUUAACGUCAUUAAUAUUUCCUCAAAAGAUAUAUUGCUUGCUGUGCACACCUCUGAUACACCAAAUGGUCACUUCCCCUGAGCAUAAUCAGUUGCCAUUAUCGUCUUCAAGAUUUAAAUAUUUUAAGUCUUUGACAGUGGAACUUGGAUUCUGGUUUCCAAUCGUUAGCUAUGAGUGGGCGUCCCGAUUCCUUGAGCUGUAUUUCGGAUUCCAAGGCCAGCAAAAUUUUCCCGGAUUCCUUUUGGUUACCUUGUAAAAUAGACCUUGUCACGGUUUUCGACGCCAUCUUGACGAGUAGGC